UUUUGAAGAUGUUUCCUCAUCUAUCUCCCAUGCAUUAAUUUACACUAAGAAUUUUUCUUGGAAUUGAGAUCCUAGGGAGACAAAUAGAGAGACAAAUAUCAAGAUGGUAAGCGCCAACCUCGCUCGGUUUAUCGUUGGCGUUAUCGGAAAUGUCAUCUCCUUUGGCCUCUUUCUCUCGCCAUUACCAACAUUUUACGAAAUAAUCAAGAAGAAAUCAGUGGAGGAAUUCAAGCCAGAUCCUUAUAUUGCAACCGCGCUGAACUGUAUGUUUUGGGUAUUCUAUGGAAUGCCUUUUGUUCAUCCCGAUAGCUUUUUGGUGAUCACCAUUAACUCGGUUGGACUUCUUUUUGAGAUAAUUUAUUUGACCAUCUUCUUCCUCUAUGCUGAUUAUAGAGGCCGGACGAAAGUGUGCAUCUCUCUUCUAAUAGAACUCAUAUUCGUGUCCAUCGUUAUUCACAUAACCAUAUUAGCUUUGCGAGGAACAAAGAAUAGAUCAUUGAUGGUUGGAAUUAUUUGUGACAUUUUCAACAUCUUGAUGUAUAUUUCUCCUCUAACCAUUAUGAAAAAGGUGAUAAAGACAAAGAGUGUCAAGUAUAUGCCAUUUACUCUCUCAUUAGCCAGCUUUCUCAACGGUUGCAUUUGGAUGUCUUAUGCCCUGAUCAAAUUUGAUAUCUAUAUCUUGAUUUGCAAUGGAGUUGGAGUACUUUCAGGCCUCCUUCAACUAUUUCUAUAUGCAUAUUACUCCAUAACAGGUACAAAAGAGGAAGAAAUUAUAGAGAAGGAACCAAACAAAGAACAAAAUAAGGUCCAACUGUCCGUCAUAGAAGGACCAUGCAAAGUCUAAAAGUGUUGUUUUUUUAGUAAUUUAGAAUUCGGGCUAAGUGAGCCCUUAAUUAGCUUUUUUGUCUUUGUAUUAAUCAAACUAACUGUCAUUAUUGUUUUGGCAUUUUCAUUUUCAUUCAUGA